AGCGAUGGGAGCUGCAGCRUACGGUCCGCAAACACCAGAUCGACGUUCUCUGCCUCCAGGAGACUAUGUUGGGGGAAGGGCUCUGCUUGCACGACGCCCCCUGGUGGAAGGGAUCUCAGGUCUGGGCCCCUGCGCAAGGAGCAACUGAUAGAGGAACGCAGGGGGGCGUGGCUAUUCUGAUAUCCCCCCAUUUUCGAGGGGAACUGGUGGACUGGAACUGGGAUAGACAGGGGCGAUGGGCCUGGGUGAUGCUACAGUGGGGGCGGACCCACUGGUGUGUCGUGUCGGUGUAUGGACCCUCGGAUCCCCGCGCGCGGACCGACCUUUGGGCGGAUUUCAGAACCCAAAUCCCCGAAGUUGAAUGCUAUGUGUUUGCUGGGGAUUUUAACACCACUAUCCAUCCGGGGCUGGAUUCCCUCCAGGAACGCCCGCCCACGGCAGAUGCGGAGGCGCUGCAGUUGUUUAUGGCAGAAUUGGACUGUGUGGACGUCUACCGCACGGCCUUCCCUGCGGGACGGGAGUUCACCUGGUAUGGAUCGGCAAACCGAAGGAGCCGGAUUGACAUGGUACGGGCCUCGAGUUCGAUCUUCAGGUGCGGCAGCGAGAUUGCUUACCUUCCAACAGCGUUGUCAGACCAUGUAAAGGUCGCAACCAACUUUCCGGUGGGGGCCAUUAUGGUGGCUCAUCCACAACCGUCCCUUCCCGCAUGGGUCUUUCAGGACGAAGAGUAUAAACCUCUGAUUCAACAACAUUGGGAUAAUUGGCUGCCGCGACGCCCCCAAGGAAUGGAUGAGUUGGGAUGGGUGGCGCAGGGCAAUGCUCUGAUGCGCAGGUGUCUGCAUGAUAGGCUGGCCGGUAGCUAUCGUGCCCACUUGGCCACAGGACAGGAGUACGCCGACCGCCUCAGUGCGCUUAAUUGUGGCCCCAAGGAUGAGCAGACGGAAGAGGAAUGGUGGGUGGAGCGAGUGGAGGCCGUGCGGGAGUGGCAAGAGUGGGAGACGGUGGAAACCGCCCGCUGGGGGCGCAGAUCAAAGGCGAGGCAAGAGACCACGUUGGGGAUUUUGGACUGUGUAACGGACUUCUAUGCAGAUCUGUUUACGGAGGAGGAGGGAUGGACUGUAGAGCAGAUGGCGACGGCCCCGCAGGAGCACAUUUGGAGGCACGUCCCGCCUGGCCUCACUGAGGAGCAGGCGCAGCCUUUGGAGAUGGACAUCACGCUAGAAGAGGUCCUUAGGGCGAUUGGAGAGCUACCAAGACUCAAGGCGCCGGGGGUGGAUGGAGUCCCUAUUGAAAUGUACAAGGCACAGAAUCAUUUCUUUGGUCCACUCCUCACGCGGGCCUUCAAUGAGGCCUUGCACGCGGGACAUCUCCCGGAAGGCUUUGCAGAUGCCUUUGUGGUGCUGAUCUAUAAGAAAGGUGUCCGCGAGGAUGUCAGGAAUUGGCGCCCGAUAUCAAUCCUCAAUGCUCCCUACAAGAUCCUCGCCAAGGUACUGUCGAACCGGCUCAAUGAGGUGCUGCCUUGUAUUAUCAACCCCGCUCAAGCGGGGUUUGUUCCGGGGAGGCAGAUUGUUUCUAACAUUAUGCUGGCUAGACAGAUCCUUAGGCACCAGGAGGUGUGCAACCAGCCACUGGCUUUUGUUACAAUCGACCUUGAAAAAGCUUAUGACCGGGUGAGAUGGGAAUUCGUCUUUCAAAGUCUGCACCGGCGGGGCAUUGGGGAAACUUUCUGUAACUGGACUCGACUGCUCCUGACUGCAGCACGCACGUGUAUGCAAGUGAAUGGGGUGCGCUCUGGGUUCUUGCAACUUACCAGAUCAGUGCGGCAAGGAUGCCCGCUUUCACCUGCUCUGUAUGUCAUCUACAUAGAGGCCCUACACGACCUCCUCCGAGGGGAUGAAGCUUUGCAGGGACUGCAGUUGGGACAAGAUAUGAUCCUCAAGUCCACUGCCUUUGCAGAUGACACCGGUGCAGUCAUCCCUCCUACCACACAGCAAUUAAGGCGCCUCCAAAUGGAUCUGGAUUUGUUUUCACUAUACUCAGGAGCCAGGGUGAAUUGGCGGAAGUCGCAGGCCAUCCUCCCACAGGGCUAUAUUGCCCCAGAAGGCUGGGAUGUGCCCACCUUGGCGGAUGGUGAAAACCUGUGUUUUUUGGGGCCCCUGAUUCAUCCGGUGGGAGGGGGUGCUCAGCAGAUGGAAGGAUUGGCGGCGACAGCAAUUCUGAGGCUGGGGCGAUGGGCGAAGAGGACGCAUCUGGGAGUUUUUGGCAAGGCCCUCGUCCUUAAAAAUUCGGUGCUGUCCACGAUGUGGUAUGCUGGGGCCAUCCACAUGCCGAAGAGGUGGGUUUUCCGACAGUUGCGGGCAGCGGUGCAUAGAUACCUGUGGGCGGGAGAUGUGGAAGCGGAGUCGGUAAUCCCUAGGGUGGCUUGGUCGAAGCUCACCCAGCCCAGGAGUCAAGGGGGGUUGGGGAUCUUGGACCCAGAACUGCAGAUGACGGCGCUUCA